AUGGGUUUCAAGUUCACUCAUCUGUGCGAUUUGCUUUCCUCUCUGGAAGACAACAGGAUUCUGAAGGCUACGCAUGAGGCGAGAGCUUUCAAUCCCGACGUGCGAGCUGUGACCCGAUGGUUCGCUCAACAUGGGAAACAAAUCCGUGGCAAUGGUACUGAUCUUCUCGCCUUGUUGUCCUGCAUGUUUCCGGAGAGAAGGUCAGACAGGGUAUACUGGCUGCAGGAAUCCUCACUGGCAAGGAUAAUAGCGCGAUGUCUACUCCUUGGCUCUUCUCGACGAGAAGAGCUCGAGCGCUGGCGUGUCGCUGGAGGUGUCGAUCUCGGACAAUGCGUGGAGAAUGUUAUGCGACAGGCUGAGAAUGGCCUUGUUCACGGCCGUGAGGUAACUGUAGAGGAGAUUGAUUCUGCAUUGAACAGCAUUGCUGCCCGUUGCAGAUUCUCUGCUCCCCGAGUGCGAAAGCAGCAUACUGCGGUUGAUGUCGAGCAGGCCCUGGGUUCGCUCUACAAGCGACUGACGAGUAGAGACGCAAAAUGGCUAACACGAAUGAUACUCAAAAGCUAUUUUCCGGUCAUGUUUCCUCUCCCGUCGACUCUGCGGAGCUUUCACUUUCUUCUUCCUCCUCUCCUUCUCUUCCAGGACACAUUCGAGGGCGCUCUCAGCAUGCUUCGUUCAGACCCAAUAAGCCAUUUCCCACCACAUCCAGAGCCUGGGUUGGCCAAGGACCUGGCAUAUCUGGCGUUACAACACCUUAAACCUCGGACCGGUGUAAAAAUCGGUCGACCGGAUUACUAUAAGGCUCGGAGCAUCAAGCACUGCUGUCGCAUGAUCAAUCAUCGUCGAAUGAGUAUUGAAAGAAAGUAUGAUGGCGAGUACUGUCAGAUUCAUAUCGACCUGGCGCUACACCCUAAUUCCAUUCAGAUAUUCUCUAAGAGUGGUAAAGACUCAACUGUGGAUCGGGCAGGUAUUCAUCAAGUCAUAAGAGAUUCCUUGAAGAUAGGGACACCUGGGUGCAAGGUUUCCCAUCGAUGCAUACUGGAAGGCGAACUACUCGUGUGGAGUGACAAACACGGCAAGAUCAUGGAUUUUCACAAGUUGCGUAAAUUGAUAUCUCGGUCCGGCACCUUCAUUGGUACUGAGAGCGAUUCCCCACCGCAAUCCCAUGAGCAUUUAAUGAUAGUUUUCUUUGAUAUCUUGCUUCUGGACGACAAUAUAUGUCUGAAGCGGCCGCAUCGGGAACGACGCCUAAUUCUCAGAGACACCAUACAAGUGAUCCCUGGGCGUGCAGAUAUCGCUGAGCAACAAGUAAUCGAUUUCUCACGACAUGACGGUCAAUCUCGUCUAGAAAGCAUUUUCUCUGCCGGAAUCGCACAGCGGUGGGAGGGUUUUGUACUCAAAGGGUGUGAAGACCCUUACUUUACCAUCUUCUCCAGCCACGAGAAUAACACGUCCGGCCGCUGGAUCAAGCUGAAAAAGGAUUACAUACCGGGGUUGGGCGAUACCCUUGACCUCGCAAUAAUCGGCGCCAGGUACAAUACCCAAGAUGCUACAGCUCUUCACCAAGUUAAGAAAUUGCUUUGGACCGAGUUCUAUAUCGGCUGUCUCACAAACAAAGAUGCUGUUUUGCAAUUCAAUGUCUCCCCCAAAUUCAAGGUUGUGGACGUCAUUAACCGCAACUGCAUGAGCUUAAAGAACAUGCAAAUACUGAAUCAGUUCGGCGAGUUCUGUGCUUGCAAACCCGAAUCAGGCCACGGGUUCUCGAUUCAAUAUGGGGCCAAUGUCACGUCCAGAAUGGAAGCUGUGUUUAAGACGCCUUUCGUUGUUGAGGUAUUGGGCAGUGGCUUCGAAAAGCCAUCUAACGCCGGGUAUUUCACGCUUCGCUUCCCAAGGAUCACCAAGAUUCACUGGGACAGGGCUUUUGAGGAUGCAGCUUCAUACGCUGAGCUACAGCAACUAGCCGAGGACGCCCGGGCUGCUCCUUCAGAUGACCUGGACGAAGAGAGAAACGAAUGGUCCAAGCGUGUAAAACUUGGUCCUGGAUCAGCACAUUAUGUGGUAAACCGAUCCGGAAGCAUCUCUUCAACUCAAAAUUCUACAUUGAGGUCAGGAACCGACACCACCGCUGCAAUUUCUUCGAGUGAGACUUCAAGUAUUGCAUCACCGGUUUCUAGAAUCUUGCGAAGGCCAAACACGCCGGCCAGAUCAUACAAUGAUCCGAAGCUUCCGACCAACCGUACAAUACCCAUAUACACUGAUGGGGCUGUCGAGCGAGUCUCAUCAACUUCAGACUAUGCUUUUCAGCAAAAUCCUUUGACCGAUAAUGAGAACCUCUCGGCUCAUACCUCCCGCCAACGAGAAUAUGCAAACCAGAUCAUCGAUGCUACACAAGCAGGGAAGCCGGACCCUCAGCAUCGUGAGCUCGGUACAGUCAAGAGUCGAGCCCGCGCCGAGGCCGUCGAAGCCGGACAGUGCAGCAGCUCAUCUCAAGCAAAGCGCAGAACUAGCUACGCCAAACCAAUAGAAAGAACCCAGAAACUCAACAAUUCCAUCGCAUUUCCACUCAUGCAAUUUCCCGUAUACAUUACCUCAACGUUGAGCCCCGAAAAACAAGCCGAGAAACCCCACCAAUCGCUUGACGCCUUUCUAGAUACCCUGACGAUACACAACACCAAGACCAAUGUAUCGUCUCCGAGCAUUGGACUCGUCAUCCUCGCCGGCAGCAAAUCCGCAUUAGGAAAACUCCUCUUCGACCUGAGCAAACGCAUCACCCAAGCCCUGCAAUCCAGAAGCACAAGACUCCCUACAGCCGGCAAGAUCUUCAUCCUCGACCGAAGUGUCCUGAACCUCGACGACGCGAGGCUCCGCCUCCGUCAAACCUGGGAAUCGAUCGGCCGACGGGACUUCUACGCGUGCGUGAAGUGGGAUCUCAACGGCCCUGGGACGAUUGCUUCGAAACCACUGAUUCAUGCAGGCUCGAAGACCCUUAUUGAGUGUCAGCGCGGAUGUGCGGAGGAUCGUGGGCGGAUCGCACACCGAAAUACCGAGCCCAAGGCCACGAUCAGCUUCAACAGACGUGAGAUGCUUCUGCUGGGCGAGUUG